CAUUGUUUUUUUGUCGAUCUUUUUGUCGUUUAUUAAGGACACAAAACAUAUAUAGUUUUUUUAUUAUUUCAUUUGUCGUACGCCAUUUAGGCAACACCUCUUUUUAUAUACCUACUAAAUCUUCGUUGUCGCGAACUUUUAUCGCCGCGCCUCCCGCAAUUAAUGCGGACGUUUAUUAGUAUUAUUAUUAUUAUUAUUAGUGAAAAAUUAUAAUAAAUAAAUCAAAACAUUACCAUAACCAGAUCUGCGUUGCGUGAGUUAUUUAAAUUUUAUUAGUACGUGUCACCUUUUGUUUUGUCUUCUUCGUCGUGUCUCCACUGUGUGAGACCAGUCAAUAUUUUGGUCAUCGUCGAAACACUUCGGUAGUGUACGCCUUCACCUCUGCGGAUCCAGCCAGCGAUGAUGUGCUAAAUAUUUUUAAACGGUUCCAUGUUUCUCCAGCACCUCAUCAUAAGGAAAUUAUCUGUAGCAUGAUGAAACGUUUGAUAAAAGAUUUCCAUUUAUUCUCAUCAUACUCAGAUCAAAAUAUUUUCAAAAUGGCUAAUUUUGUAGGUGGAUUUCUAAAGUAUGGAUUUAUAUCUGAUAAAAAUACAUUGAAAACAAUCAUUACUUACAUAUUAUAUGAUCUGAAGAAUACGCAAAAUGCUAAUGCAUUCAAUUUCAGUUAUAUGGCAUUUGAUCGGUUUAAAACGAAAUUGAAAAAUUUUUCGAAACUGUGUGUCCGCCUUGAAAAAACUGAUAAAGUCGAUGAUUUUCUACCGGACAUUAUUGAGGACGUGGUGCACGAUUUGGUCGAACUUGCACCGCCAACUAGACGACGAGCCAUCGACGAGCAAACGAUAUCGGAAACCGAUAACGGCGAGGAGGAAAGCGAAUCGCGGUCCCAAGACGCGAUUAUCUGCCAGCAAAUGCCAAAACCUGAUCCGGUGAUCGCCGCGGUGGCCGAUGCGUUGCCAAAAUCGGAACCUCCAGCGAUCGCCGCGACGGUUGUCGAUGACGAGAUAAUCGUACCGUCUAAAACUGUACAAGACGAAAUUCGUUAUGUUAUCAACAGCUUGUGUAAAACGAAUCUCGAAACCAAGUGCAGUGACAUAAAGCGUCUGAUCGCCAAAGAACACUUGCCGUGGUUAUCCAAGUACAUUGUCUUGAAACGGGUGCGACAGGAGUUCAACUUUCAUGUUCUGUACUCAAGCAUGUUGAAUUGUUUGAACAGCAAAACGCUGAAUUCGAUGGUAUUGUCGGACACCAUCAAUACAAUUAAGGUUCUGUUGGGAAGAAAUGUAGGCAUUCCAAGUAUGGCGGAUAAAUUACUGAUCAAAAAUCUGGGCCACUGGUUGGGAAUGAUCACUUUGGCGCAAAAUAAACCGAUAUCGAAGGACGAUAUUGCUUUGGAACACUUGUUGAAUGAAGCGUGCGAGAAAGGUGGCGACGAGCUACUGUUCGUCGUGCAGUUGGUGACGAAUAUACUUGAAUCUUGCUCGGGGGGAAACUUCGGCCCGAACAGUCCGUGGACAACUUCUAUAAUAAACUGUCUGUUCGAGUUGUACAAGAAGCCUAACGCGACGCUACAAGUACAAGUCGAAAUUGAAAAGCUGUGUAAAGCAUUAAAAAUCAAGCUCGAGGUUAUUUAGUAUUAUUAAAAUUUUAGCGAAGAGCAACUGAACCAAUUUGUAGUUUAAUUAUAAACGAUGACAAUUCGAGGGAAACAACGUCUACUAAAAUAUAUAAUUUUGUACCUUAUCGCCGAAUAAAACCUUAGGGAUACCUAUAAACAGUUUUAUAUUUUUAUAAGCUGUUUUACAUUUGUACAUUUCAUGGUACAUUUCAAAACUAUUUGACUUUUUAUUUUGUUUUUGUGUUUUCUACACGUCAUUAUUAUUUUUCAUAUUUAU